AUGCCGGAGCCCGCCCUACCAUCCUCGUGGGCGAAGGAACCGUCGACAUUCAGCUUAGCCCACCCAUGCGGCGGUGGGUGCCACUUCCGAGUGCCAGAGGCGUCCGAUCGAACUCAGGUGGAGCCCAAGGAGGUUCGGCUCUCAGAUAUGUCAGCAAUCACUCUCGAUGACACUGACGUGCAGAUUAAAAGGCAAUCAGGCCCCCGGUUUGUGGAUUGUGGAUUGCAGUGCGGGAGCGAGCAUUUCGUGUGCCAGGCCUGCGUCAGCGGCGGCGACGGCAACGGCGGCAACGCCGUGUCCUACACCCUCUCCCGCUUCAUGGACGGCGUGGUGGACGCCUACAAGGUGCCGUGCCUCUACAAGGGACACGGCUGCGCCAUGGACGGCAUCCCCUACCACUCGGCCGCCGACCACAAGGCCAGCUGCAAGCACGCGCCCUGCUACUGCUUCGACUGCCGCUUCGUGGGCUCGCCGGCCAAGCUCGUGCGCCACCUCGCCUCACCGUCCGGCGCGCACGCGUGGCCCGUGGAGAAGAUCAGAAAGUGA